AAUAACAUUUAGAAGUUAGUGAAUAGUCGUGAAGCGCUCUCAAAGCCAGUGACCGAAAAAAGACAUGGCUUAAAGGUCUCGUUACCAGGCCAUUAAAUCCAAAAAAAAAAAAUUGUUAUGUAUUUGUGAUGAUAAAAUUGUAAAGCUUAUUUUAACUGAAUACUGAACAAACGGGAAAAGUUUAUCUUUUUAUUACUGUAUAGUUUAGUUAAUAGUUGUUACUGAUCGCUAAGUUUAGAAUGACAACCUUAGAUAAUAUAGAAAAAUUAAUUAAAAGAGAAAAAGCUACUCCGGAUCGCAUAAAGCCCGAUUCGAAAAAAUCAUCAAAUGAAAUACUUUCUGAGCUUUUUAGUGCAUUUAAUGCCGAUCCGCCAAAGAUAGAAGAUAUACCUGUAAAAAAGUCUAAGAAGAGUAAAAAGAAACAUAAAAAAGAGAAGAUAAAACGUAGUCGUAGUUCUAGCAGCAGUGAUUCGGAUACUGAUUAUUCUCACAAAAAGAAAAAGAAGAAAGUCAAGACUAAGUCUAAAAAGCACAAAGAAGACCGUGAAUCUCCUCACCGUCGCUCCAGAACACCCAUUAAAGUAAAAGUAGAAAAUAAGGUUAAAAAGGAAUCUAAAGUCGUUAAAGAAAAUGGAGUUAAAAAGGAAGCAAAGUCUAUUCCUAUUAAAUGUAAACAAGAUCUCAGUGUUAGCUUAUCACCUCCUAUUGAAUCAUUUGAUGCAAGCCUUAUUCCUAUGCCAGAUUCGCCUAAAGACACACUUAACAAAAAUGAUCUAUGUAAUAAAUUGGAUAAAAAAAAUGAUGGAACAUCAGAUAAUGAAAAAGCCAAGGGGAAAAUUCAAAUAAAAAAUUUGAAGUUUAGUGCUGUAUUUGAAGAAACAGUAAAAAAGGCAGAGGAGGAAGCUAGAAAGAAAGCAGAGAAGGUUGAGGAGGGGGAGUGCACAGCAUCAUCAAGUAGUUCAUCAAAAGAUGAAGAUUCAAACUCACACUUCCCUAAAUCAUCUGACCCUGGUGGUAUACUUAAGAAAGCAGCUGCAGAUACAAAAAAAAUUGAUGCGGAAGACGAGCGGAAAAAAAGUAAGAGUAAAGAUAAAACACACAAAUGUUCUCAAAGGGAUCGCAGCAGAUCAAGAAAAAGGUCUCCCAGUAAGUCCAGGCGCUCCCGAUCUCGGUCCACAUCUCGCCGUCGUCGGCACCGCUCCCGGUCCCGCUCCAGCCACCGCAGACGACGCUCGCGGUCACGGCGCAGGUCCGACUCCAAGAAACGCAAGUCCAGGUCCGGCUCCAGGAGUCAUCACAGGUCCACCUCGGACAGGCACAGGCAGAGGCUAUCGCCCAGACAUAGGGGGCGACGCUCAAGAUCUCCGACGGGUGUUAAACUGGCGGACAGUGAAAAGAAGCGAUUACUGGAGGUGGCGAGGAGGAAUGCCAUCAACAUGUUGAAGAACGGCGCCGUGCCCGCGGGAGCCGCGGUGCUGCCUCCUCACACGAGGAACCAAGUCAUGGCCGCCAUACAAUCAGGAGGCAAGUCGGUAGAUGAGCUGACUGAUUUUUGCAAACACCUGUCAAAGAAGGAAGCCCUCGGGGAAUUAUCAUCCGUGUCAUCCAACGAUGACAACAUGAGUGAAAAUGAAGAUACAUUGGCAUUCCAUCAUCCAUUCUUAGUUAAGGAGAAGGCACCUAUAGUUAUGAAUAUAAGAGGUGGUGUUCCAUUAGCGGUCAAACCAAGCCCGAUCUUCAUAGCUAACAAGGAAGAACUUACAAAACAGUUUCCUGUGUCUUCGGGGACACAGCAUAGAGAAAAGGCCUCCGACUGGGUCCCUGUGUCGCCCAAAAAUGAUGACAUGCAAGUUGCAAACUUAGAUUCAACACACCAGCCAACAGAACAGAAAGUGGUCGAACCUUUAAAGAAUUCGGGUCCCCUUGCAUUGCCCCCACCUCCGGCACCUUCGGCACCUGCAGCACCACCGGCCUAUCUGAAAAGCUUUACAACCGGAUGCCAAUUGUCAUCGGUGCCUGCGGUGGCACCUCCCGGACCUCAAGCAUAUCCUGAGCCAAUGAAAGCGAUAAUGGAGGAUAUCGUGUUACAAAAGUUGUCGCAGAUUCGUAAGGAACAAGAAGAAACAGAAGCCAACCCAACAUUAGGUUUUGGUUGGACAAAGGAAUCAAACCUCGGUCAGUUCACGGGAACCAGCUGCUCAGGCAUCUUGACCCCGCGAGAACUGGCGAGCGGAACUCAAGCUUGGGCCAAGAAGGACCAACUAGUUCGGGCGGCCCCCGUUGAAGGUGGCAUGGGGAUGCACCUUCUCCAGAAAAUGGGCUGGACUCCGGGCCAGGGUCUGGGUAAGGAAGGAACGGGGACCCUGCAGCCUCUGUUGCUUGAGGUCAAACUUGACACCAAGGGAUUACAGGCCAAAGAAGAAAUCAAUAACAGAUUCAAUAAAGGAAUGAAACCAAAUAGAAUCUGCAGACGUGGACCGUUGCCACUAGUCGCUGGAGGGAAGCAUCCUGUGUCUCUGCUGGGUGAAUAUUGUUCGAAGCAAAAGUUGGGUCCCCCCGAAUAUAACCUGUGUUUUGAAUGUGGGCCAGAUCAUAAGAAGAACUUUCUAUUCAGGAAGCGGUUGAGAUGAAUGGAAGCGGCGUCCGGAUAUAGCGAAAGACUUCGUUCGAUUGUGACACGGAACACUUUUAGCUGCACCAAGCUGCCAUGGUCCAACUCAUAACUGCGUCCCGGAAGGCUGUAUGCUAUCCUCUAUAUCGUGUAGCGCCAAUAGCUAAAGUUGUAUUAAUGUU